AUAUUACGUUGGGAGGUAACAUUCAUAGUAUGUCAUUCACCGUGUCUGCAUGUGUUGGCAGUUCUAACAUAAAUGUACAAGGCUAAACACUGUAAACAGAUAGCUAGCUUGGUCGGGCAGCAGUCACAAAAUAAGCAAGUUAGCUGGUUGGAAAUCCUGUUGCAGUUCUCUAAUCCGCUCUUCAGCUGGUCUGUAACUAGUCAAAUUAUAAGGCUUACUAAUCGGGAUGUCUGACUUUGACGAAGACCCAGUAUUAUCGGAUGUUGAAGGAGGAGAAGAACACCUUAAAGAAGCCGAAGAUGAGAAGGUUGAAGUUCAACAUUUAACUCAAGAAAUCAUAAGUGAAGGGCUGUCAUUGCUUUGCCGAACAGGAAAUGGAUUAGCACACGCAUUUGUCAAGCUGAACCUUCAGAAAAGAGGACUGGAGGAUAUAGCUGCAAUCAACAGUUAUAUUCACAUACGUUUUCUGGAUUUAUCCAACAACCACCUUACUGAUCUUUCUCCUUUGUCAUCUCUGACCCAGCUUCUUUGGCUCAAGGUCAACAAUAAUUCUGUGAUGUGCUUCAAAGAGCAACCGUUUGCUCAACUGACCUACCUGCAGUGGCUGAGUAUAGCAAUGAAUCAGCUAACUGAUGUAGAUGGCCUAGUUGGGCCUGCCUUGGAAAGCCUCAAUCUUACAGGUAACCAUAUUCAGAGGCUUAAUGGUUUCCAGUACGGCAGUUUUGCAAAUCUGGUAACUCUAGAGUUGAGGGGAAAUCACUUGGAAACCACUGAUGGCAUCAACCUUCCACAUCUCCAGCAAUUGUAUCUGGCCCAAAAUGCUAUCAAACGUCUUGAGGGUUUGGAGAAGUUAGAGCGCCUCACCACACUUCACCUUCGAGACAAUCAGCUAGAGUCGCUCGACGGCCUCAGUCCCAGCAUGAAGUGUCUUCAGUACCUCAAUGCCAGAGGCAAUGCAAUCAUAGAUGAGACUGCUCUACGAUACAUCGGCUUUCUGUCACAAAGCCUUCGUGUGUUGGUUCUCUCUGGGAACCCAGUCGCGGAAAAUUCCGAAUACCGGAUAAAUGUGCUGAUAGUAGUGCCACAGCUGGAAAGACUCGACAAAAAUCCUGUCUUCCCCGAGGAGAGAGCUGAAGCCUGGGAAAGAAUCAGGGAACUUCAAGAAGAGGAAAUGUAUGCACAAUAAGAUGUGUAAUUUUGCCAGAAUGGGGAAGUGUUGGACUGACUUCAUUUUUUCUUUUUAAAGAAAAAAUGAAGUCUGUUGUCUGUUGAUGAAUGACCACAUACACCUCUGUAUGAAGUACUCUGUUUGAUAGAGUAGCUCAAUCAUCCAUGACUUUGCACAAAAGUGUUUUUCAUUUCCAUACACUCAUUGUUACAGCUGAGCUAUUUUUAAACAAUAAAGUUUUAGAAAAUGUUUAUUUCUGAUGUGUCUAAAUGCAAAAAUGACAACCGAUGCAAGCUGAAGUGACUCUGGCUAGUACCUUGUGCCUUAGUACCUUGUAUUGUUCAUAGACGGUGGUGUUAGACAGACUCCGUGUGUUUCCCUGAGUAAGGAUGAGAGAGCAAAAUCUGCCGUCGGCUUCCUUGUUGGCAGCCAUCCAGCUACAGUUUUAAGGGGACAGUGACAUUAUGGGCCUGUGUGGCUAAUCAGCAGAUUUCGGAAUCAGAUCCUGCGUUUGUUUGACUGGCAUUUAAACACACCAUCAUCAUUGCAUAAAUAUAACCAGGACGUUAACGUCCCACUUGAAGAAAACAUUCAUAUUAUAGUAAGUUAAGAAAGCGGUAGUUGUUCGCACAUCAGUGCAGUGCAGCUCCACUUGUGGAUACCUGUAUUUCCCAUAAGGGUAGUAGAAUAGGGGUCCACGCUUUUGUUACUGUUAUUUUGGAAAUUUACUGAUUUUAAUGAAACGAGAUCGGCAUGAAGCAACAUUUGUAUCUUGAACACGCUGAGAGGGACUGACGAGGGCGGCUUGAACCACCACUCUCCCUCCAAUGGUUUGAUUUGGUGGGCGUGGCUGUUUGAGGAAACAAAACCCGUCCUGUGCGACGUCUCCCCCUCCUCUCCUGCACUUAACACCGGGCAGCUAGCAGCUCAGUGGCCCAGCGUUGACACGACGACACCGGGGAAGCAGCCUUCGCACUGAAUUAACCACGACUACUACCUGAAGCAGGCAACCAUACGUCA